AUGUCUCCGUCACCUACCCCACAGGUGAGAGCCCAGUCUCCUUCACCUACACCACAGGUGAGGGCCCAGUCUCCUUCACCCCCACCACAGGUGAGGGCCCAGUCUCCUUCACCCCCACCACAGGUGAGGGCCCAAACCUACACCACAGGUGAGAGCCCAGUCUCCUUCACCUACACCACAGGUGAGGGCCCAGUCUCCUUUACCUACUCCACAAGUGAGGGCCCAGGCUCCGUCACCUACACCACAGUUGAGGGCCCGGUCUCCUUCACCCACACCACAGGUGAGGGUCCAGUCUCCUUCACCCACACCACAGGUGAGGUCUCCGUCUCCUUCACCUACACCACAGGUGAGGGCCCAGUCUCCUUCACCUACCCCACAGGUGAGAGCCCAGUCUCCUUCACCUACACCACAGGUGAGGGCCCAGUCUCCUUCACCUACACCACAGGUGAGGGCCCAGUCUCCUUCACCUACACCACAGGUGAGGGCCCAGUCUCCUUCACCUACCCCACUGGUGAGGGCCCAGUCUCCUUCACCUACCCCACAGAUGAGAUCCCAGUCUCCUUCACCUACACCACAGGUGAGGGCCCAAUCUCCUUCACCUACACCACAGGUGAGGGCCCAGUCUCCUUCACCUACACCACAGGUGAGGGCCCAGUCUCCUUCACCUACCCCACAGGUGAGAGCCCAGUCUCCUUCACCUACACCACAGGUGAGGGCCCAGUCUCCUUCACCCACACCACAGGUGAGGGCCCAGUCUCCUUCACCUACCGCACAGGUGAGGGCCCAGUCUCCAUCACCUACAACACAGGUGAGGGCCCAGUCUCCUAUCCUACACCACAGGUGAGAGCCCAGUCUCCGUUACCUACACCACAGGUGAGGGCCUGGUCUCCUUCAUCUACACCACAGAUGAGGGCCCAGUAUCCUAACCUACACCACAGCUCAGGUGAGGGCCCCAUCUAUUUCACCUACACAAUGACUGAGGGCAGCAUCUCCUUCACCACAGGUUGGGGCCCUAUCUCCUUCACCUACACAAUAGCUCAGGGCCUCAUCUUCAUCUACACAGGUGAGGGACCCAUCUCCUUCACCCACACCACAGGUGAGAGCCCAGUCUCCUCACUUACAACACAGGUGAGGGCCAAGUCUCCUAAGCUACACCACAGAAUAACUGAGGGCCUCAUCUUCAUUUACACAGGUGAGGGCCCCAUAUCCUUCACUUACACCACAGGGGAGGACCCAGUCUCCUCACUUACACCACAGGUGAGGGCCCAGUCUCCUACACUUACAAUACAGGUGGGGCCCCUAUCACCUUCACUUACAGCUCAGGUGAGGGCCCCAUCUGUUUCACCUACACAAUGGCUGAGGACACCAUCUCCUUCAUCUACACAACAGGUGAGGGCCCAGUCUCCCUCACUUACAAGUGUGGGCCCAGUCUCCUUCACUUACACCACAGCUGAGGGCCUCAUCUUCAUCUACACAGGUGAGGGCCCCAUCUCCUUCACCUACACCACAGGUGAGGGCCUCAUCUCCCUCACCUACACCACAGGUGAGGUCCCAGUCUCCUUCACUUACAACACAGGUGAGGGCCCAGUCUCCUUCACUUGCACCACAGGUGAGGGCCCCAUCUGUUUCACCUACACAAUGCCUGAAGGGUCCAUCUCCUUCACCUCAGGUGGGGGCCCCAUCUCCUUCAUCUAUACCACAGAUUAG